CCUUAUCUUGUUCAACCUGCAAGGCUGACUCUCUCGAUGUUUUCUCAGGAAUAAAUAUAAUCACAUAUAUACGUAAAUGUAAGCACCUUCCUUGCUUGCCUUCCAUCUCUCUCACUACCUUCCAUCCCUCCUUAAUUUCUCUCUUCCAUCCUCCCUCUCCCAAUUAAUUCAUUCCUUCCUUCCUUCAUUUACGACUUUCUGCCUUUCACUUCCCCAAAUUCAAUUAAUCGAACCCAAAGCUUCUAUUCUUCUUUCUAAUUUCCGCUACUUCAAUUCUUGCCCAUCUCAACACUCUGUCUCGAUCGCUCACACUACUCAGUUUGCUGCAGUAUAACUUUUUCGCACAUCUUAUCAUAAUCCUCUGUCUCUCUUUACCGUUGUGACUUGUGAAGGAAUCCCCUUUUUCCCUGAGCUUUAGCUUGUUCAUUCUAUUCUCUUCUUUCUCUUCUCUUCUCUUCUCUGUUCUUUGCCAAUGGACAUGUUUGACCAACUCUUUUGUUCUCUUCUUGCUUCUCAAUUAUUGAAUAUGUAUGAAAAUAUUUACUUUUUGUUUCUGCCUUUCCCCACUGGCAAUAAUGUAAGGAAGAGAAGAGGAAUCAUGGCAUCGCACUUCUUAUAUUAUUAUAAUUGUUCUUUAUGUUUUUUUUUUUGUUGUUAUUAUUAUUGCUUCCAUUUUAUUAUUGCAUUACUGCACUGCAUGUUUAUCUUGUGUGCAAUGGGAGAUCAGGAAUGUUCUUGAAUUCUCUGCUCGUAUAUUUUCUGCAGAAUUUCUCAGGCCAGGAAAGGAAAGCGUAGCUACUUGGUUAUUACUCGUUGUUUCUGGAGUGGAGGGAUGUGGCGAGUGAACAAUUAUUCGCCAUUUAUUUGCUGGAUGGUGUAUCUGGCGAAAGUUGAAAGAUGGCAUUCCUCCCAUUCUACCCAACUUUAAUUAAUUAAGGCGUUGGAACUUAGAGGAGGAGGAAGGGGUUGGCUCAUAUAUAUGGAUUGUACUCCAACUCAAGAAAUGGGGGCUGAUAUUGAUAUCGAGAAAGGUGAUCAAAGCACCAUGGGAGCAGGAGCAGGAGCAGGAACUCCAGCCAUUUCAGACGGUGAGAUCAGAAAUAUCACAGCUUAUUCCCUCACCGCUCCAGAUGGAAAAGUCAAGGUUGAGAAGUCAUCAGUUCUAGAUCAUCCCAGCUGCAAUCAAGAACCUGCCUGGGAGCAUUCUCUAGAAUCGGGUAAGAAAAAGAACAAUAAUCAUAAGAGGGAAAACCGCAAGCCAAUGAGCACCAAGAAGCCCCCGCGGCCUCCAGCUCCCAGGGGAUUGUCUCUGGAUGCAGCUGAGGAGAAGCUCAUCAAAGAGAUCUCUCAACUGGCCAUGAUCAAGCGUGCUGGGAUGGAGCGGAAAAAGGCUCGGAGAAAAAUGAAAGAAGCAAAGGCAUCUUCCGAUUCGGCAGCGCCAUCGUUGAAUUUGAUAGCUGUUGUGUUCACGAUCCUCUUCUGCGUGGUAAUCAUAUUUCAAGGCUGCUGCCAGUCGUCGUCUUCUGGAACACGAAGCUCCACUUGUAGCAACAAACUACUUUUGUUCCCCAUGAAUCCUCCUCCUCCUCCUCCUACUACUACUACACGAAACACAUACAGUAGAGGAGCUGCUGAUGAGGGUCGCAAACUUCAACGGGAACCAAUGGCGUAUUAAGGGGGUGGGUAUGUACACAUACAUACAUACAAACAAACAAACAAACAAAAACUUGCGGGCAUAUCCAUCCAUAUCAUAUCAAGUGCCGAAGCUGGAGGGAGGGAGGGAGGCUGGCAAUUAGCGUUGAUGCUUGACACUCACUCACUCAAUUAAGAUCAUCCUUCAAUUCAAUUCAUUUCAUCACAUUUUCGAUAGCCUAGCCGGAUCGGAUCGGACCGCAUCUGAUAUGUCUUGUCUUCUUCUUCCAUCUAUUCGUUCGUGUCUAUAGAAACGUGAUGGACGCAAGAUUAUUAUUAUUAUUAUUAUUAGGUAUUAGCGUUCGUUCAUUCAUUCACUCACGCACCCACACAUCUGUCCAUUAUUCGGAUGCUUGUUGAAGAUCCAAUGAAAUGAAAUGGGAGGGAUCCACCACUUCAAUCUAUUCACAAUUGUAUUGCGUACAUGUAGAUUAAUUGCGCAUCACUCACACACUGACACCCAUCUAU